AUGUUUGCUUCAGAAAAUGGACUCAAAGGAGACCCAAGGCUUCAGGCCAUAUCUGAAGCCAUCAGGGUUGUGCCUCACUUCCCAAAACAAGGAAUAAUGUUUCAGGACAUUACAACAUUGUUGCUUGAUCACAAGGCCUUCAAGCAUACUGUCGACAUUUUUGUUGAUCGCUACAGAGACAUGGACAUCUCUGUUGUUGCCGUGGAAGCCAGAGGGUUCAUGUUCGGUCCUGCAAUUGCCUUAGCUAUUGGUGCCAAGUUUGUUCCUUUACGUAAACCCAGAAAGUUGCCGGGAGAAGUAAUUUCAGAAGCAUACGAACUUGAGUAUGGAACUGAUUGCUUGGAGAUGCAUGUUGGUGCUGUUCAGCCUGGAGAACGUGCAUUGGUUAUCGAUGAUCUAAUAGCUACAGGUGGGACAUUGUCAGCAGCAAUAAGCCUUUUAGAGCGCGUGGGGGCUGAAGUGGUCGAAUGUGGAUGUGUUAUUGGGUUGCCUGAGGUUAAGGGACAGUGCAGGCUUAAUGGAAAGCCACUUUAUAUCCUUGUGGAGCCAAGAGAGCUAGAAAACUGUUGCUGAGGAGAUCUGUUUCAAUUCUGCUUGGGCUGACUACAGAAACUUUUAUGCUGACCUGUGCCAGAGAGUCCACGAUGUAUUCGGUGACAGAACUCUGCUGCACAAGGCUCAUUGCGGUUACUUAUCAUUCUGUGAGGUCUGCAUCCACUGUAGGUUUUCAUGUAACUUAGUAGUUUCGAACAAAGCAUGAACAGAUGUAUGUUCCAAGAUAUUGGUUUAUUCUUGAAAUGGGAAACCUUUAUUGUUGCAUCAAUAUGUUUCUUUUUUCAAUUCUCUCUCUCCCUAUAUUUUAUUUUGGCUCAUCAAGAAGCCAAAUCCAACUGAGACGCUCCAAAUCUUUUCAGAAAAAACUGAGACGCUCCAAAUGGAGUGCUCAGUGAGACUAAACAUAACUCUCCUACAGCAGUACUUCUUUGCUUUUGCCGAGUUGAGUUGUUAUAUUUGGAUGACAAUAAAUAUACACCCUUCAUACCAGUUGAAGACUUGAAGAAUCUUACUGUGCAGAAAACAAUUACAGUUUGUAAAUAGAUGAGGGGCAUUAACAUUCAUGUGUAAAAACUAAAAACACCUUACGAAACAGUGAGGACCUUUAGCAUGAACUUGACAUG